AUGAUGGAAUGGAAUUGCUGUGGUAUAAAACCACUGGCUCUAUUCUUGACGUUUUUCAUAUUCUUUGGCUCGGGAUUAAUGCUGUUUGGAGUGUUGUUUGGAGUGUUGGGUCCAGUCUCAACAAAUCCACCAGAAAUUACCACAUUCAACGAUUUAGCUUUGAGAUGGCAAGCAAUGAACAGACAAAUAUUCACUUCCUAUAAAUUCAACUUGACAGCCACGCUUACUUCCAAUGCUCCCGUUCCAUCUCCUUCCGUUUCAUCAUCGUCACUGCCACCCAUGCCCUCGCCGUCUGUCUCACCAUCAACCCCGUCUCACCUUUCUCAUUUCGAAGACGAUGAUCACAAUUUUGAUACUCAUUAUUCAAAUGGAAAAUCUGAUAAACACGCACCGGGUGUGGCCCUACCUCCUUCUUCCUCCUCAUCGAGAUACAUUUCUCACAGUCACUCCUCGUCGUCGGAACAUGCCACUCAUGGCCAUCCGUCGUCCACCACCAAACACUCAACAACAACAAGUAGUAGCACUGCCACGCCACCAUCAACCGUUUCCACAACAUCCACAAAUAUACCUUCUACACUACUCCAAUCCAACACAGUGUUCAACCAAGCUCCAUUCUCUCCCAAUACUCAAUCAGAUGUAUUUCAUCCAGAUAAUCCUUUCUUUUUAGAAAAGUACGACUCGUUUAAAUUUCAAAUUAAUUCCCAAAAUCCUUCCACAUUAUUUACGGAUCCCAUUCGAACCAAUUUUAGUAAGGCACUAAUGUUGAAUAUCACUUGGUCUUCGGACCCUCAGAAAAUGCUCUCAGGAGGAAACCCAGGUAAAAAUAAGGGUGGAGGAAAUAGUGGUGGAGGCAUUGCCUUACUCUCAUUUCUGUCCUCAAUCUUUUCCGCAGGUAUUUUGAACAAUCACGAAUUGUCACAAACCAAAUUUUCCAAUGCAACAACCAACACCUUGCAAGUACCUCUUAUUUACUUAUUUCUCAAAACUGAGUCUCCAAUACAUCAGAGCUCAUCUGGAUGCCGUUAUGGAUUCCUAGAAAAUGGAAAGUGUUAUCUCGUUCAUCGAUUGCGUGAGGUGUGUAUUAAGGUAAAAGUGAAUGACGCUGGAACGAGUGCACAACUUGACGAUACGUUUGGAGGAAUUGGUUGUGGCCCAACUGAUGUUCCCUAUUUAGCAUCCAUAGAAUCUAAUUAUUCCGGCCUCACCUAUAUUUAUUCCGUUAUUUAUGAUAAUCAAGAUGUAAAUAAUCACACUGUAUUGUUUAGCGACUUGGUCAUUACACUUCGAAGUUCCAAAGAUCCCUAUGUUUAUGCCGAGUACAUUACAAAUGGUACUUUGAAUUUUCAACCUUGGGACAAGUAUUAUCAUGGAAAUAUUUUAGAAGGAGAUAUUGGAUUUGUGAGAGGAUUUUUCGGUUUUGGGUCGCUGGGACUUGGAGUUCUUAUUGUUUUUCCUUCCGUACUAUUUUGUUUCAUUUUCUGUUUUUGUAGUGAGAAAUUGAGAAGAAAAUUCAUGGUAGAUGACAUGAGAGAAGAACACGCAUUAUUGUUGAAUUUGACUGUUGAAAAAGAGCAAAAAAAGAAUCUGAAAGAUUAUUUAUUUCCCAAUACUGAAAGUGACUAA